AUGCGGGCGUGGGUGGCCGACCACGAUAUCGACGAUCCAGAGAACACUCAGAUUACUUACAACUUCGUCAACGCUUCCAACACCAUUGCCGGCAUCAUCCAGACGGAGUCGCCUUACUAUCAGGCUACCGAGGCCACGCAGUCUCCCGGUUCCUUCAACACCUCCAGCCCGUAUACCGGCGACCCCGUAUUCCCCGACAGCAGCUGCAAGGGCACUGAUCUACUGUGCAACAUCGGCUGGGCGGCGAUGAUGCAGAGCACCACCAACGUCACCAUCGCAGGCGCCGGUCUGUAUUCCUGGUUUGACAACUACAACGAGGCUUGUGUCGACACCCAAAACUUCCAAGAGCGAAUGGUCUAUGAUGACGGGAACAGCGGCGGCUUCUUUCUCUGGAAUCUCGUCACUAUCGGCUCCGUAGAGAUGAUCAGCGGACCCGACACUGCCAUCACGGCGAAGCCCAACACACAGACUUCCGGACAUCCAUUUUGGAGCGCGCUGGCUGGAUACCUAGACGGGGCGAAUCCCGUGCUGCUCAGUUGUACCGAUGACGAUACGAGCGCUGCAUGCAUGACGUCGUCCGAGUGCGAUUUGACCAAGAGCUACGCCACCAUGGCAGACCUGAACACCGCAUCGGCAUCGUUCCCGAACCAGUGCAUGAACUACUACGCCAUUGACACGCUCGGAAGAGUCCUAAACGACACAAUGGCCGACUAUAGCCACGUCAACAACGGCUACGACGAGGUGUUUGGCCACUACCAAUCCUACACGAAGGAGAUGAUCCCCUCCAUGAUCCAAGAUUACAUGGCACCGUCCACAUCAAGCAACGUCCAAGGCGGGCCGGGUAGUCAAUUCUUCGACUGCACCGUCGUCGGCUACGACUACAAGAAUGUGAAUGAACCCCAAGCCGCCAGCAACAUUAACGUGCCGAACCCCAAGGACACGAUUUCCAAGUCACUGCCGGCCCUUAACACGCUGCAGAACACUAUUCUCGCACGGCAGCUGGACCUCUACUACGGGAUCUGGAACGGCUCUUUGGUGGAUCUCAUCUAG